AUAGCUUAAACAACACUUCUGACAUCAUUCGCUGCUUUAUACAGAUUUAUACUGAAAGAGGUCUUUUUUACUGUAAUGGAUGUUAGUAAUUGGAUCCACAUGUUAUUGCUGUGUAUUGUCAACGGUUGCUUUGCCGUUGCCGGAAUUUUCCUUAAUCUAUUGGUUGUGUUGAGUUUUUGGAAGUCAAAACAAUUACGGCGAAAGAUUUGUUAUUUUCUCAUUCUUGUUUUGUCCUGUUCCGAUCUUUUAGUCGUUUUAAUUGUACAACCUAUGUUGGCCAUAUUCUCAGCGUUGUGGUUCUCACGGCAUUCUUUGAUUCCUUUCAUAUUUGAUCCUUUUUUUGGUUUUUCCAUGUUCACGCUUCUUACGAUGAAUCUAGAACGGUACUGGGCAGUGAAACAUCCUUAUUUUCAUCACAGAUCAAUCACUAAGCGAAGACUUAUUCUUCUGCUUGUUUUAUUGUGGAGCUUUGUGUUGAUUAUUUCCAUACUUUCUCAUGAAAAGCUGAUGCCACGCGUCAUUCCUGGUUUCAUUAUACUCGCUAGUGUAUUCCUGGUUAUUCUCUACAUAAACUAUCAAAUGUUGGUAACUGUUCGAGCCAAAAGACGAAACGAUUUAUCAGUAAUACGAUAUCAACAUUGCAACGAUGCUUUGACUAUCAAUUUAAAUAGAAAAGAAAACACCAAAUCACAAUCUAAGAGUAUUUCUACCAGUUUUCUGGCCAUUUUAUGUUUUUUCGUUUGCUCGUCUCCGAUCCUCAUCCAUAAUGCUCUGUGUUAUUCUCUGAAGAAGUUUUCCAAUCCAGAAAUCCGCAUGCCAUUCCAACUAUGGGCGCAGACUUUUCUUUCUAUGAACUCGACGUUCAAUUGUGUGAUAUUUUACUAUAAGACGACUUUGUUGCGUCGUGAAGGGAAAAAAAUACUGCGCAAAGUCGGUCUAAUGACGAAUACAAUUGAUUCAAUAACAAAUACUUAGUAUUAGGAACUUC